CCUUGCAGAGGAGGAGGAGGACCCUCUCUUCAGACACCUGACUGCGGAGAAUCAGCACGGAUCGCUUGCAGCACUGGUGAAUAUAGGACAGUGAUUUCUGCAGCCAAAGCAACAAGCUGGAAGGUGCUAAGAGAAGAUGAACAAAAGUGAUCUGGCCUGGGGAAGCAGUGCCAAGGACCCAGAUGGAAAGGAGAUGUCGCCUUGUCUGGUCAGCAUGGGGGCCCUCCUCUACUACUGCACCCUGCUCUGCGUGGGCUUGCCUGUUAAUGUUUUAACCGCUGCUGUGCUUUCCCAUCUUGCUGCUCGCACCCAGAAAUCCUCGUACUGCUACCUCUUGGCCCUCACUGCUUCUGACAUCCUGACCCAGGUCUUUGUGGUCUUUGCCGGCUUCAUCGUGCAGGCAGCCAUCUUGGCCCGUGAAGUCCCAGGUGCCUUUGCCCAUGCAAUCAACAUCUUGCAGUUCGCAGCCAAUCACGCCUCCAUCUGGGGGACUGUAUUGUUGACUGUGGACCGUUAUGUGGCACUCUGCCAUCCCCUGCAGUACAGGGCUGUCUCCUUCCCAGAACGCACCCGGAAGGUAAUCGGCGCCACGUUUGCAGUCUCACUGGCUACCGGAGUCCCUUUCUGCUGGUGGCUAGAUGUUUGGCAUGAUGUCUACCCGCCCAGCACUAUGGACAAAGUCCUGAAGUGGCUUCGUUGCUCCAUCAUAUACUUCAUUCCCUGCACUGUCUUUCUGCUGACAAACUCUGUGACCAUCUGCAUGCUCAAGCGAUCAGGAGAUGCCAGCCGACGCCUCAGCAGAACCACAGCCAUCCUGCUGGCCAUCACCACUGUCUUCAUUGUCCUCCGGGCUCCACGGACAUUUGUCAUGAUCUACCACCUCUGUGUGGCAUCAGUCAGCCAGGACUGGCGAGUGCAUCUCGCCUUAGACGUUGCUAAUAUGGUAGCCAUGCUCCAUACCUCCAUCAACUUCUUCCUUUACUGCUUUGUCAGCAAGACCUUCCGACGUACUGUCCGCGAAGUGUCAGUCUCUUACAGAUUCCAGUGCACCCAAGCAGCAAGGAAGGAUACCAUGUUGGAACUAGCUCUGAAACCACUGGGGGUCUGGGCUGGGACUUCAGCUUAG